AGCUUGCCCAGGCCUGGUUUAUACGCACCCUUUUUUGGAGAAGCCAAGAGUAAUCGUGCUGAGCCUUGGCUUUGGUUAGCCAAUGAUCUAUAUAACAUACAAAAUUAGAGAUAGGCAGGGAGACCUACUUUACCUUCCAAACCAGGCAUGGACAACCUUGGGGCGGCUGUUAGGAAUUGUGGGAGUUGAAGUCCAAAACCCCUGGAGUCUCAAGUUUGCCCACCCUUUUUUGGAGAAGCCGAGAAUAAUCGUGCUGAUCCUUUGGUUAGCCAAUGAUCAAUAUAACAUACAAUGAUCAAUAUAACAUACAAAAUUAGAGAUAGGCAGGGAGACCUACUUUACCUUCCAAACCAGGCAUGGACAACCUUGGGGCGGCUGUUAGGAAUUGUGGGAGUUGAAGUCCGAAACCCCUAGAGUCCCAAGUUUGCCCAUGCCUGCUCCAAACCAUCCUGUCGUCGUGUCAAGCCCUUCAAGUCAUGUCCGAUCCUGAGGUGAACUUGUCGCAGGCUUUUCUUGGCAAGUUUUGUUGAGAAAAGGUUUCUCAUGCCCAUCCUCUGAGGCUGAGAGAGUGUGAUGCACCCAAAGUGAACUAGCACCUUCCUUCCUCACAUGAUGGUGGGAUCUGUCGAAAGGGAAGACUUGUAUCUCGCAACAACCCAGGAAAGAGGUUUUGACAUUUCCAGAUAAGUUUCCAUACAUGAAGGGCAGCAGUGAACCAUUCGAUCCCCUCAAAGGCUAGGAUGCUGCUGAGGGAUGGGAGAGAUCCUCGUCGCCGAGAAGUGCUCCAGUUUGCAUUGUUUUGCAGAGCUGUCACACUGCUCCUCCAGGCCCUUUUCAACAUUUUGAUCCCGGAUCAUGCUGCCGAUGCUUUCUCACCACCGCGCUGGUCAGAGUCUGGGUUUGCGGACCGGGUCUUGGAAUGGCUCCUGGGAGGCUUAUCCCGCUGGGAUGCAGAGCACUUUUUGUUCAUUGCUGAGCAUGGCUACGUCUAUGAGCAUAAUUGUGCCUUCUUCCCUCUCUUUCCCCUGAUCCUGCGAGUAGCAGCAGAAACAGCCCUGUGGCCCUUCAGUGGUUUCCUGUGUCUCCGGAGCCGCCUGCUCCUUUCUGCAGCUCUUAUCAAUAGUCUUUUCUCUGUCUUAGCAUCCUGGGUUCUGUAUGAGCUGAGUUGUCUAGUCCUACAAUGUCGCAGGAGGGCUUUCCUCUCAGCAGUCCUCUUUUGCCUCACCCCAGCUAACAUCUUUAUGGCAGCUGCCUAUUCAGAAAGCAUGUUUGCCCUUCUUGCGUUUACUGCAAUGUGGCAGCUGGAGGAAGGGCAAUGUUGGGCCAGCGUUCUUCUCUUCUCUCUAGCCACUGGGGUACGCUCCAAUGGACUAAUCAAUGCUGGAUUCCUUCUCUAUUCCCGGACAAAAUGCUUUGCCUCCCAGCUCCAGACAAAGGCUGGAACUGGAAUAAAACUGCUGCAGAACAUAGGUCACUUCCUAAGCAUGGCAGCUUCUGUGGCAGCCAUGUCUGCAUUUGUUUUCCUACCUUUUGCUUUGUUUCAGUUCUAUGCUUACUGUCGGUUCUGCAAACCCAGUGAACAUCCUGUGCCAGGAUUGCUGUUGCAGCUGGCUGUUGACAAAGGUUAUCACGUAGCAAGCAUGAAUAAUGGUGAACAGCCAUGGUGCUCCUGGGACUUCCCUGUACUCUAUGCCUAUAUUCAAGAUGCUUACUGGAACGUUGGUUUCCUCCGGUAUUUCGAGCCCAAACAGAUCCCUAACUUUGUACUUGCUUCACCUGCUAUUUUGCUGGGAUCUUGGGCAGUUUGGUGGUAUGUGACAGCAAACCCUUGGCAUUGCCUGACACUUGGCCUGCUGAAAAGAAAGAGUGGAAUGAAGAAAGAAGACAAGCCGUCUGCUGGUUUCUCCUCUCCUGGUGUAUUUGUUUACGUGGUCCACGCAGCAGCUUUGUUGGUAUUUGGAACUUUUUGCAUGCACGUACAGGUUAUAACCCGGUUUUUGGGCUCCUCAUCUCCGGUCCUUUAUUGGUUUUCUGCUCAACUGCUUUAUGACCAUGAACCUUUACUGCAGAGAAGGGCUGCAGAUCCUUGUCAUGGAAGAGUCUGCUCCGAGAAAACCCCAGAGAGCGACUCUCUGUGGGACAGAAAGGAAAACCUUGUGCUGGCGCUUCUGAGCAACUGGAGAAAAACUACGGCUCUCACCCAAUGCAUUCUGGGAUAUGGACUUUCCUAUUGGCUUCUGGGUCUGGCCCUUCAUUGCAAUUUCUUUCCUUGGACAUAAGUGUUCUAGAACAAGCGAAGAGAGUUUGUUGAACUCUAAUUGGGCUGUAAUUGGCUGGAUUGGGGCUCUUGAUGGAAGAGUAUGUAAGAAACUAAAUGUUGUGGACUAAAUAGAAUAAGGGGGCAUUUAAUCAUCACAACAGAUGCACAAUUAUAUAGACACAUGGAACAAAGAGGUUAAUGGAUUGCAUAGGGGAAAGAGAAGGGCAGUGGGGAUGCAGGUGGGUGAUAAAAAUGAUAGGAAAAUAUGUUUACAUGAACAUGCAGAUAUAUGUAUCAUCAGAAGCCAAAUACUCAUGGCUGACCAUGACUGUCUUCCAAGGGUAGAGUUUUGGUGGUGGGUCCGUAAGUGACUGUAGAGAACUGUUGUAAUAUUCGUUGUUGAACUGGCGGUGGACAGACUCAGUUCAGUAUCUUAUAGGGUAGUCGUUUAUUCCAUGUGUAGGUUACCUUCAAUGCCUUGUCUGACAAGCUGCUUUUCAAACACUGUCUCCAGUAUAAAUACACUGCAGCUGUGUUCACAAAGGGCUGUCUUAAAGGCACCUUACACCACACCUGUUCUGGAGCCACAUGCUCUGACACAAUGUGAACAAUAAUAUCCCAUUGGAAGGCUUGAUGUACCUUUCUCUCAGCCCGCUUCUCCCUUUUCCUCCAUUCAUUCCUCCUCAAUAUCGACAGCACUGUUGGUAUCAGCUGACCUCCAGUUAAGACACUCAAAGGCCAGGACUUCCCAGUUCUCUGUGUUUAUUCCACAUGUUUUUAGGUUAGCUUUAAUCCCAUCUUUAGAUCUCUUUUUCUGACCACUAACUUUCCAUAUUUGAGCAGAGAGAAAAGUAACUGCUUUGCGAGAUGGUGAUUGGGCAUUCAGACAUCGUGACCAGUUCAGCAAAGGGAUCAUGGCUUCAGUGCUGGUGGUCUUUGCUUCUUCCAGCACGCUGACAUUUGUCCGGCUGUCUUCUUCCCAAGAGAUUUGCAGGAUUUUCUGGCAGUUGAUGGAAUUGUUCCAAAAUUUGAGAGUGACGUUUGUAGACGGUCCAUGUUUCGCAUGAAUCAAUUUUUAAACCAGCACCUUGGUAUCCCUAUGAAUGUCCUGAUCCUCGAACAUUGCUUCAUUUGAAAAAAUGCGCUCACAAAGCUCAGGCGGUGUUGUAUUUCAGCAUCGAUGUUUUGUGUAGAGGUGGCUGCUAAGGUAGCGGAAAUGGUCAACAUUUUUUAGCCUACAGUAAGUGUUCAGUGAGAGGCCAAGCCUUUCAUAUGUUCCUGCAGAGGUGUUCCCAAAUAUAUAUAUGUGUGUGUGUGUGUGUGUUAUUGCAGACAGAAUAUAUUGGCAGGCUCAAAUCCAGAACCUCAACCAAUGGCUGAUACCAAAUGAGAGACUCCCCCCUGGGCACACAGAAGACUGGGCGACUUGGAAGGCGUUGAACAGACUGCGCUCUGGCACCAUGAGAUGCAGAGCCAAUCUUAAGAAAUGGGGCUACAAAGUGGAAUCCACGACAUGCGAGUGUGGAGAAGAGCAAACCACUGACCACCUGCUGCAAUGCAACCUGAGCCCUGCCACAUGCACAAUGGAGGACCUUCUUGCGGCAACACCAGAGGCACUCCAAGUGGCCGGAUACUGGUGAAAGGACAUUUAAUCAACUACCAAGCUUGCAAAUUUUGUUUUGUGUCUGUUUGUUUUUGUUCUGUUAGAAAUGUAAUACAAUCGUCUGGUUGCCCCUGACACGAUAAAUAAAAUAAUAAAUAAAUAAAUAA